AUGAAGGGCGCUCUUCUUACUGCUGCCGCGCUUCUGGGCUCUGCCCAGGCCGGUGUUCACAAGAUGAAGCUCAACAAGGUUCCUCUUGCCGACCAGCUUGCUACCAACUCCGUUGAGGACCACCUCCAGAGCCUCGGCCAGAAGUACCUCGGUGCCUCCCGUCCCAAGAAUGCUGCCGAUUACGCCUUCGCUACCAACACCGUCAACGUCGAGGGUGGCCACCCCGUCCCCGUCUCCAACUUCAUGAACGCUCAGUACUUCUCCGAGAUCACCAUCGGUACUCCUCCCCAGAGCUUCAAGGUCGUCCUCGACACUGGUAGCUCCAACCUCUGGGUUCCUUCCCAGCAGUGUGGCAGCAUCGCCUGCUACCUCCACUCUAAGUACGACUCGUCCGCUUCCUCGACUUACAAGGAAAAUGGCACCGAGUUCGAGAUCCACUACGGAUCUGGCAGCUUGUCUGGUUUCGUCUCCAAUGAUGUUGUCUCCAUCGGCGACCUCGAGAUCAAGGACCAGGACUUCGCUGAGGCCACUAAGGAGCCCGGUCUGGCUUUCGCCUUUGGUCGCUUCGACGGUAUCCUCGGUCUCGGCUACGACCGCAUUGCCGUGAACGGCAUGGUCCCUCCCUUCUACCAGAUGGUCAACCAGAAGCUUCUGGAUGAGCCCGUCUUUGCUUUCUACCUCGAUAACCAGGAUGGCGAGAGCGAGGCUACCUUUGGUGGUAUUGACAAGUCCAAGUUCACUGGAGACAUCGAGUACAUUCCCCUCCGCCGCAAGGCUUACUGGGAGGUUGACCUCGAAGCCAUUGCUUUCGGCGAUGAGGUUGCUGAGCAGGAGAACACUGGUGCCAUCCUCGAUACCGGUACCUCCCUGAACGUCCUCCCCAGCGCUCUCGCUGAGCUUCUGAACAAGGAGAUUGGCGCUAAGAAGGGCUACAACGGCCAGUACACUAUUGAGUGUGACAAGCGCGCUUCUCUUCCCGAUAUUACUUUCAACCUUGCUGGAUCCAACUACAGCCUCCCCGCCACCGACUACAUCCUUGAGGUUCAGGGCAGCUGUAUCUCUACCUUCCAGGGCAUGGACUUCCCUGAGCCUGUAGGACCUCUUGUUAUUCUCGGUGAUGCUUUCCUCCGACGAUACUACUCUGUCUAUGACCUCGGCAAGAACGCCGUUGGUUUGGCUCGUGCCAAGUAA